CAACCGCAGCCAUGUCGGAGGAAGAGGAGGCGGUGGCGGAGGCCGAAGAGAUCAUCCGCUGCCAGAGGAUUUUUCUGAACCACCUGGACACCUACGGCGGCAGCAACAUCGGGAGGUAUCUAGCGAGCUGUACUGUUGGAGCCUCUUUGGAAGAAGUACCAGAGGAAGAGGAAGAAGAAGAUGAGGGGAGAUCAGCUGCUGAUGUUUCACCAUCUAAACCAAAGGAAGGAAUAUACCAAGUUGUGGGAACUCUUUCACAAGCAGAGAGUACAAAACCAGAUUUUGCUGUGGAAGCAUACAGAACACUUUCUGAUGAUGAACGGUUAGCUUACCUGUCUGAAUGUGACAUCAUUAUUUAUAACAUCACUGAAGAUGCAAAACAAAUUGUGGAAGCAACCUCGGCAGCUACUGCAUUGAGUGAUAAAGCAUACAAAUUUGAGAAGCAGAAAGUGUUCAUUCUACUAUCAACAAUCAUGACCUGGGCACGAAGCAAGCCCCUCGAUCCGGAAGAUCCGGAAAUACCCUUCACUGAGGAAGACUAUCGUCGAAGGAAACCUCACCCUAACUUUAUAGAGCACAGUAAUGCUGAAAAAACUAUUAUCAAACUUGGCAAAACGAACAAAAGCAAAUUUGCAACAUAUGUUGUUGCUUCAGGUGUUCAGUAUGGAGCUGAAGAAAGACUUCUGCACUACUUUUUUAAGUUAUCUUGGCUCGGUGAAACUCCUGCAAUUCCGUAUUUUGGAGAUGGACGGAAUUUUGUUCCAGCCAUUCACAUUGUUGACUUAGCAGCAGUGUUGCAGAAUAUAGCAGAUCACAGACCACGGACUCAUUACUUAAUUGCAGUGGACGAAGCGAUUCAAACGCUGGGUGAAAUCGUCAAGUGCAUCAGCAGAAAUGUGGGCCCAGGAAAAACACAGAAGGUUCCAAGAGAAAAUGCUUUCCUAAACAAAGAUUUAACGCAAGCACACUUGGAUGAAUUACUUGUGAAUCUGCGAAUGGAGGCUGUCUUUUUGAAGGAGAAUUUCAACAUUAAAUGGGUUGCUCAAGCAGGAAUAGUGGAGAGUAUUGAACAAGUUGUCAAGGAGUACAAGCAAAGUCGAGGAUUAUUGCCAGUCAAAAUUUGUAUACUUGGCUCUCCUGGAGUGGGGAAAACGUCCAUUGCUGAACUACUAUGUAAACAUUACAAGGUGCACCACAUUAAAAUAAAAGAAGUAAUCACUAAAGCCAUAGAAAAUCUGGAGAAAAUUAUUGCUCCUAAAGAAGUAGUAGAGACUGAGGUGGAAGAGGAGGAGGAGGAGGAAGAGGAGGCAGAAGAAGAAGGGGACAAUAUAGAAGAAACACAGGAAUUAUUAGAUUCAAUUAAAGAAAACAUGGAGCAAAAUGCAGGUCGUCUAGAUGAUAACUAUGUGAUUAGGUUCAUGAAGGAAACUCUGAUGUCUAUGCCUUGUAAGAACCAAGGGUAUGUUUUGGAUGGAUUUCCAAAGACCUAUGACAUGGCAAAAGACCUUUUCAACAUUGAAGAUGAGGAAGAAGAGGAUGAUAUGAAAGGCAAAAUGCAUCACUAUGACAAAUUAAUAACUCCUGAUUAUGUCAUUUCUUUGAAUGCCUCUGAUGAAUUUCUGAAAAACCGAAUCAUGAAUCUUCCUGAAAGUAUUGUUGCUGGAACUCAUUAUUCUCAGGACCGAUACUUGAGAUCCCUAAGUCUUUUUAGGGAGUUGAACACGGACGAUGAAACUGUUCUCAACUAUUUUGAUGAACUAGAAAUACAUCCACAGAAUAUUGAUGUAUCAAAGUUUGAGGGUCUGGAGAACAGAGUUAUAGCGAAGGAAAUCAUUAAACAGAUUGGUGAGCCUCGGAAUUACGGUUUGACAGAGGACGAAAUGGAAGAACUUGAACGGAAACAAGCAGAAGAACGGCUUGCCAGAGAAGCUAAAGAAAAGGCAGAUUUGGAGCAAAGAGAAACUGAAGAAAGGGCUCAAAAAUUGGCAAAUUGGGAAGAAUGGAAUAAACGUUUAGACGAAGUGAAGCAGCAAGAAUGUGAGCUUCUGGAAGCUCAGUCCAUUCCAUUGAGAAACUACUUAAUGAAGCAUGUCAUGCCGACUCUUAUGCAAGGCUUGAAUCAAUGCUGCAUGGUCAGGCCAGAUGACCCUGUUGACUUUCUGGCGGAAUAUCUCUUCAAGAAUAAUCCUGAAUUUGACUAA